GCAGAAGGUCGGAGCAAGUGCGGUUGCACCAACACCGGUACAUAGGUGCGGACCGGCGUGUCCUUGGGCUAGAGAGCGGGGCGUCCGGCUUUCGAGACAUUUCCUUCGUCGUGAUAGCGACAAAAGAGCGAAUUAAAGAUGGGUGAUGUUGAAAAAGGCAAGAAGAUUUUUGUUCAGAAGUGUGCCCAGUGCCACACAGUGGAAAAGGGAGGCAAGCACAAGACUGGGCCAAAUCUCCAUGGUCUGUUUGGGCGUAAGACAGGUCAGGCCCCUGGGUUUUCUUACACAGAUGCCAACAAGAACAAAGGUAUCACCUGGGGAGAGGAUACACUGAUGGAGUAUUUGGAGAAUCCCAAAAAGUACAUCCCUGGAACAAAAAUGAUCUUCGCCGGCAUUAAGAAGAAGGGAGAAAGGGCAGACUUGAUAGCUUAUCUCAAAAAGGCUACCAAUGAGUAAUACCCACUGCCUUAUUUAUUACAAAACAGAAAUGUCACAUGGCUUUUUAUGUGUACCAUAAUUUAAUUUUACAACACCAGAAUGCAAAUCAUGAAUGGCUGACAGAAUAUUUUUGUUGGACAGUCCUAAUUUAAGGAAAAUUGGCUUGU